CGAAGAAGCCUCCAAUCGGCUUCUUUGGACUCAGCGGUCACCUGCGCUGCCUUCGGUGCAGUUGGUGACGGCUGAGCCGCUUCCCGCGCGUCGCGUAACCCGCCCCUCGACUCACCGCAGCCCCGGCUCCUCCCUCGUCCGGCCCCCGGGGCGGGGUCUGUAGGCUCGCCCUCCCCUCUCUGCCUAAGCCUGCCCUCCGCCAGCCGGGUCCCCUCCCCACAGCACCACGGCUUCUCUUCCUCAGCAAGGCGACAGGGGCUUCCCCUUAGCCGCCGCCGCCGGCCAAGCUCCGCCGCGCCCGCGGCCCGCGGCCGCCAUGCAGUUUAUGUUGCUUUUUAGUCGUCAGGGAAAGCUUCGACUGCAAAAAUGGUACGUCCCACUAUCAGACAAAGAGAAGAAAAAGAUCACCAGAGAACUUGUUCAGACCGUUUUAGCACGGAAACCUAAAAUGUGCAGCUUCCUUGAGUGGCGAGAUCUGAAGAUUGUUUACAAAAGAUAUGCUAGUCUGUAUUUUUGCUGUGCUAUUGAGGAUCAAGACAAUGAACUAAUUACCCUGGAAAUAAUUCAUCGUUAUGUGGAAUUACUUGACAAGUAUUUUGGCAGUGUCUGUGAACUAGAUAUCAUCUUUAAUUUUGAGAAGGCUUAUUUUAUUUUGGAUGAGUUUCUUUUGGGAGGGGAAGUUCAGGAAACAUCCAAGAAAAAUGUCCUUAAAGCAAUUGAGCAGGCCGAUCUACUGCAGGAGAAAACAGAGACUAUGUAUCACAGCAAGAGUUUCAUUGGGUAUAAGAAAGCGUACUAGAAUACGUGCCGGAGUACUGACAUGCAUCAAAAUGUAGUAGGAUAUAUAAAUUCAGUUUGUAAUUACAAUUUUGUCAAGUUUGUUAUUUACAUUUAGCAUUACCUGAAAAGUCAAAUUACAUUAAGUCCCAAGGGAUAGUCCCAAUUACUUCAUUAAACUAAUACUUUCAUAGGGAAUUUUGCUUGGAUAAUUAUCCAUUAUUGGGGCUUAUAAUUUAUUUUUUACACAGAAUAUGGAAAUAGGUUCAGAGGUUCAUUGAUACGAAAAGCAUUCAUUAAAUACUGUGAAUCACUAAUGCCAUUGAUAAAGAAGAAUUUCCCUAUGAAAAUGAGAGCUUCUAUAAGAAAAUGAAGUAGUUGGGAGUUUAAUUUCUUAUUAAUAUGAUUUUAACUUGCUGCUUCAUUCCACUAUAAUCUAUUCUGAGUGGGGAGGAAAGGGCAGCUAUCUCUUUAAAAUAUUUAGGAAUUCUUUGAGGAUUAAAAUGUAACUGGCUUUUGUCUUCAGAUACUUUUGUAUUUAACGGUUGUGUAAGUUUAGGGAUUUGUUAGAUAUUUUUUUUGAAACCGUUUACAUGAUUUUGUAGUUCAACAUUUCAGAGCUUCAACUUGAAUAAAUAUUAAAAUGAGGAUACUUUAAAGACACUCAAAUAAGCAAUUUUAAAAUUGCUUUCUGGUGGGGAUAUAAUCCCUUUGAGAGCCUGAAGGGUGAUGUGCCCUCUCCCCAGGAACAUUUGUACAUCAUUUUGUUUCUAAUUUCAGAGAACUCUUGGAGCCCCUAGAAGUCCUUCUGUAGACACUCAAAUCUGUUUGGAGAAUUCGUUAAAAUCUGUCUUGAGGAUUUUUUAAAAAGUAAUAUCCUCAGUCUUAGUCACAUUCUUUGGAUUUUUUGCUUUUGUAGCUAUAAGUAAACUGUUAAAAACCUUCAUUGCUACUUAAAAUACCAGAUGAGUGACUACUUUUCCACUUUUUAUCAGGAAGGAUUUUUCUCUAGGUUCUUUAGUUCAUGUAAUAAAAUUCUGAUGAAUUUAAACACUGGUGGAAGGGGAAUAUUCUAAUUGAAUUUUUGGUCAACUCAUUAUUGACCAGAUGGCUUACACUGAAAAUCUUUUCAUAGUAUUAGUAGUAAAUAUAGUGUUUUAGGAUUUUGUAGAAUUUUUGGAGGAUGUCAGUGAUCCUUUUGACCACUAUAUAUAGUAAAGUUAGAAAAAAAUGAAUCUUAAAUUCUUGGGCAUUGUUUAGAAGUUAAAUAUUCAGCCUUACACCAAAGAACAAAAACAGAAACUUAAGUUUUAGUUAUCUUUACUGUGAACUAAAUGUUCUAGAAAUCUGAUUGUGUCUGUCAGUUUGUAUACUGUGUGUAAGAAUAUAUGCAUUUCUUUUGUAGCCACGUCAUGAAUAUUUUAAUGUCCCUGUGUACUAAAUGACUACCCAUCGAGUAUGCAGAAUUUCACAGAGGAAAUAGAAUGCUGAUAUACAUAUGAAAGAAAAUAUCCUCAGCAUGGUGAUUUAUUAUCUUGCAUAAUUAUAGUAGAAUAUUUCAGAACUAGUACUUUUAUGAUUGUAUUAUUUUCCUGUUCACAUUCCAAACUUUUCUGUUUUAUUUUCAUUCUAUAUGUGAUCUUGAUACAGCUCAUUCCUCUCUGAAACGGAUUUAAUCUCAUCUUGAUAAAAUAUGACCUAGAAGUGUUUUGAGUAAUAUUAAAUCUUAAACACAUACAUAUUAUCAUUAAUGAACCACCUAUGAUUAAUCUUACAAGAGGAAAACAUGACAAUCAUUAAAAUAUUUACCAAAGAAAAUAUAGCUGAAGUGCUAGGUCAAAAUGAGCAGUACCGUAAUACAUAGUAUGGUUUGGUCUUCAAAUAUUGAGGUUAAAAAAAGAAACUAUUUUGUGUGAUUAUCUUACAAUCUGUAUGAGCUAAUGUGUUCUAAUGUAUCACAUAAAAGUAAAUGUGAAAAUAAUACAAGAAACUAAAAUUAAUUUGUGCUAUUAUAUAUUUAAGGUUAAAACAUUCAGUCUUAGGAAAUUUUGUAGUGCCACAUUUAUUGAAUCACACUUGUGCUAUAUAAUAUCAAACAAUCCCUUUAAGAACUUAUUAGAGAGCUAUGUCUGAAAAGUCUGUUCUACAAUAUCUGUUGCUUAACAAUAACUCUUUCAAAGCAUUAAUGCUGAGUUUAUAUAGUUCAAAAAUUGUAAUAUUCACUUUUAAUACCUAAAUACUUAUAUUUUACUAGUGAUGGCAUUCUAAUAUAUUAAGUCCUUCUUUACUUAAUGCUUUGUUAACUGUGGCAUUAUAUUUCUGAAUUUUAAAACCUUUAAUAUUGGUAACUAUUGCAUAUUCUUUUAAUAAAACACACAGCAUAUUUUAUUACAAAAGGAAAACAAUUCAUUGUUUAUAUCUAGAGAGCGUAAAGCCUGAGUUAAGUAAGUUAUUAAACAAUAACUUCACAAGAUGUUCAAACUGAUUUACCACUGAAAGAAGAUGUAUGAAAAUGUAUUUUGACCACAUUUAGCAUUAGGCAGGUAUACAGACAAGAUUUUCCAUUCUUAACAUUCUCACUGUAAUGCACUGCAUUUGAAGCACCUGGAUGUGCUAUCAAAUGGGAAAUUUAGCACCAUACAUUGGAAGCAUUGAAACACAUUGGUCUUUCAUUUCCAUUUUUCCCCUCCAUUCCUCCUCCUGCCCCACAAUAUGUUAUUCAUCUGGUUUUAAUGCUACAUAAAUAUGCAUUGUCUCAUGCCUGUUUGUGUUGGAUGCCUUGUGCUAAGCUGUAACAAAAUGUUGCUUCUUUUGCUAUCUGUAUACAGCUGCUUGCUUUAAAUUAGUAGAUUCUGAAAUAGCUUUCCUUGCAUGUCUAAAAUAAAAGUAUUGCAUGUA